AUGCUUGAGCCCACUGACAUCCACAGCUAUGAGCCACCAGUGUCGCGGACCCACCCGCCGUCUCCCAGCGAGGGCCCCCCGAAGAGCCUGCCCUUUGCCUGCCUCGUGCUGGAGUCGGCGGACGCCAGGGGCGGCCCCUCGCCCGCGCUGCUGCACGAGCUGCGGGAGCACGGCGUCAAGCUCGUGCUCGCGCAGAUCCGCCUGCACGCCGGGGACACGAGGGAGAGGCAGAACGGCGACCACCCGGGGCUCAACAGGCAGUGGUUCGACGCCGUCUUCAACAAGGUCCUCACCCCUGAGGACACCGAUGUGCACGACAGCGUCCACGAGAGUGCCCUGCAGAGGUACUGGGCGGACUGCGCCAUCACGCCGCAGGAGGCGCUGUGCUUUGCAAGCAGCGAGGAGGGGGCCUGCGCGUUCGCCCGCGCGAACGCGGGCCUGGUGAUAUCCUCGAGCCAGACCUCGGUGUGCAGAAGAGCCUCCACGGACGACAAGCGCGUGGUGACCGCAGGGGCAGACGUGGCGGUGCAGGAGUUCCCCUCAGCGCGGCAACUGGCCUGGCUGCACAAGGUGUUCACAGAGAAGCUCUGGUGCACCUGCCUCUGGCUCCAGCGCCCAUCUUCGCCUGCCAUCUUCGGAAUUCCAGGAAGUAGCCUCCGCGACCGCGCUGAGAUGACCCGGGUCGCGAGCAGCAGCAUGUCGGCGCUGGGUCACCCGCCCUGGGAUAGGUGGACGUGUGAAGGGGAUAGGAUCCCUGCGUGCACGGCCCUUGUCGAUACCACGACGAUCCCGUGCGCAGAUUGGACGCCACUGGAGCCGAAGUACAUGUGGCAGAACGGGUACCAGUGGAAUAACCGGAGGCACGAGCCGAAAUACGUCGAACGCGACAUGUGCAGCAAGCAGGUGACGCAGUACUGCCAUUCGCUGGACGCUGGCGUGGCCCAGGUGAACCAUACCAUAGAGGUGAAGGACGCAGACUGGGGCCUGCACGCCCGCAUCAGCAGCAAGCGCUUCGUAAGCCGGGCACGGGAGGGCCACGCGGCCACCGAGCUUUGCGUGGUGCUCCUCGAGAAGGGGAAGAAGGACAACCUGCACAUCUGCGUCAGCUCGAGCCUGCGCACGGACGACAUCCCCGACGGUUACAUGCUCGAGAAAGAGGUUCCGGAGGUGACGAACAACGAGGUGGUGCUAGUCGCCACAUACAGGGAGGACAAGAAGGACGGUGAUGGCCCUCCGCGCUCGAUCCAGGUGAAGGCCUGGCAUAGGGUGCUAAAGGACGACGGUCGCGGUGACGUACGGCUCCCUGUGGAGAUGCUGGACAACCGGUCUGGUCUCGCAUCCGACGGGGGCGUAACGGUGAGCGUCAAGCCGCACCUCGGCGGGUUGGCCGAGGGCCCAGCGAUCGACAUUAUCGUCUCCAACCCGCGGAAGGGUACCCGCUACACGGUGGAGAAGGUUGUCAAGAUCGACGUGAAAGUCGACGGCGUCGGGAUCAUGCAAGGCAUGCCGACGACGAGCGGUGGCGGACUGGAACGGAUAUUUCGUAGAAGGCCAACUCGCGCCCGGAUGGCGUCCUCCAUCCCAGAGGACAGCGGCCAGGCGCAGGACACCCACGGGCCACCGCCGCUGCUCAUGGAGCUGGAGGAGGAGCACCGGCUGGCCUGGCGCGCGGAGUGGGACAGGAAGGACAUAGAGAUCUCCGGCAGCAGGAAGGCCAUGCGAUGCCAACGCGCGGUGCGCCUAUUCCGCUUCCACCAGGUCUCGCGGGGCCCGGCCCAGGGCCAAGCCACCUUGCAGGAGGACGCGCCCGCCAAGCGGGCGAGGAACGUUCCCGACCUCGUGAGGCAGCUUUUCCAGGCGGCUUUCGCCGACCUCUGCGUCGCCUCCGAGGCGCAGGAGAAUGAUCGUCCCAGCGUCUUGGUGACCGGGCGGGUGGUCGUGCACGACCCCCGCUACCCGCCCGUGAUCAAGGUGAUGCCGCAGGUCCCCCCCGCCUGCGACUGUCUCCGCUUCAACGUGGCGCUGGGGAAGCGCUGGACCCGCUUCACGCUCACGCCCGGGAGGGUGCAGAUUCUGGUGCAGGGCCAGAUCGCCAAGGAGAGCGAGCUCUCGCAGCUCUACCACGACACGGUGAGGGACGAGCCGAAGUUCCUGGUGCACUGCAACGAGGGCAACGAGGGGGUCGAGCUAAAGGCCCUGCCCUGGCACGAGGUCCACGUGCAGCACGCCCUCACAGAUCUCGGGAGCCCCGACGGCAGCUCGGGCGGGUUUUACGGCUUAAUGCGCCGCACCCGCUUCACUCGCGUCGAGGUGCUCCGCCGGCUGUUCUCCGAGAGCGACGAGCACGCGGCCGACAUCCUGGCGAGUGACGAGGACGUGAAGCAGGCGACCCAGGAGAUCAAGGUGCUGAGGAACGCGCUGUUCAGGCUCGAGUCGGUUCCCCGGCCAGCCAGCUGGCGGAACGGCGAUGAUCACCACCUCCACGUGCUUCGGGUGGACGCCACCACGGACGCCCGGGUGAUGCUGAGCUACGAGAAGGAGGAGCUGCAGAGGGACAUCCUGUUCCUCGAGGGCGACCUGCAGAGACACGAGGGCCAGCUCGGCGGGAACGACCUGCUGCGACCAGACGACGGCUCAGGAGACUUGGGCCCUCGGUGGAUGACGGUGCAGGAGGCGAAGGCCCUCUGCCCGUGGAUCCCAGGCUGCAAGGGCUUCACCUUCCAAGGGGAGGAGCCUCCACAGUCGGAGCAGAAAGUCCAGAUCUCCUUCAGGGACUCCGGAGAGCUCAAGCUCAACGGGGCCGGCUGGACCUCGUUCCGCUUCACCGACGGCGAGGCCGCCCUCCUCGAGCGGCUCAAGCAGCACCACGAGGAAAAGCUCGCGAGCAAGGACUGGGUGGAGACGGCGGUGCUGAAUGUCAAAGCCAGGGCGACGAGUAACGAUUGGGUGGAUCGACCGCAGAGCGGCGGAGUCGUGCCCCACUGGGACGAAGUCUGCGACAAUGCGCUGUCGGUGCUCGACGCUGUCAAGUCGAUGCCCUGUGACGAGUCGCCCUGCCGCAGCGACGAGCCACCCUUCCGGAACCUGGUCACGGACCGCGACGGCACUACGAACAACUAUUGCGCCCGCUACUCUUCGAGCGUGCAGUCCGCCUACAACGCGGCGUGGCUCGGCCACUUCGCCCAGGAGUGCACGGCGAACGCGACCUUCAUCACCGCCGCCCCGCUGGGCGGGCGCCCCAGCGCGGAGGGGCUGCUGGAGCUGGACGUCGCGCCCCGCGGGAUCUUCACCUACACGGGCUCGAAGGGCCGCGAGUAUUUCAGCAGCACCAAGCAGCGGGUCCUGGAGGCGGACGUGCUGCCCAACGAGCAGCGGGAGCUCGUCGAGGAGCUCCACCGGCGCCUCCUGGCGCUCUGCGCCGACCCCAUGAACAUCAAGUUCUUGGGCAUCGGCUCCGGCCUGCAGCGCAAGUUCGGGGAGGUCACCAUGGCCCGCAACGACCCCGACGGCACGGUCCCCGACCACGACAGCCGCCGCUUCAUGGCGGCCGUGCGCCAGCUGAAGGAGGAGCUCGAUCCCGACGGCACCAACCUCGACCUGCACGACACGGGCACGGACAUGGAGCUCUUUCCCCGAAGCGGCGAGCGCGGUGUGAACACGGCCUUCGACAAGGGUACGGGGCUGAUGCGCCUCGACGAGAAGCUGAAUCUCAGAAUGGAGCUCGGUCCCAACUUGGUCUGCGGUGACACGAUGAGUGACGUGUCGAUGCUGGUCACCACGCUCAGGCUGAUGUGCGGCAACGACGGCAUCAUGGAGCGCUGGCAGGCGGAAGUGGACAGGGAGAUCAACCCCCAGCCGCUCCCCGACGAGGAGGCCUCCGAGGCCGACUUCGGCGGCGCCCAGGGGCAGGAGUCCUCGGCGGCGGAGCUCACUCCGUGGGAGGAGCAGGAGGAGCAGCGGCGCAGGGAGGACGAGGAGGAGCAGAAGCGGCAGGAGGAGGAGGACGCGGCGAAGGAGAAGUGCUCGCGGCUCGCGGUGAUCUUUGUCAUCACGCCCGAGGCGCACAAGAAGAAGCCGAGCUUGGCGAAGACCCUCAUCAAGUGGUGUGAGACGAGCGGCGCGCGGCUCGCCUUCGUGCCCUCCCCUGACGUGCUCGUCGCGACGCUGGCGAAGUUCGCCAACCACCACGCAAAGAGGCGGGUCACGGACAGGAGGACGGACGCGGACGCCAGCGCUGCAGCGGCGCCCUCGCCGGCGGGCUCCAGGCUCGCCGACCCCUCCCCCAGCGGCGGCCUCGCCGACGGCCCCCACCGGUUCGCCGAGCUCCCGCCGAGCCUGCCAGAGGGCGCGCCUGGCGGCCCCAGGCACGGCCUCGCCGACGGCCACGCCCAGUUUAUCGAGAUCCCGCCGGCGGGCCCCAGGCAGGCGUGGCAGGAUGGCCCGGCGGGCUGGACCUGA